CCUCUCGCGAGAAGGAGGUGCGGCGUGUGUGUCUCUCUCUUCCCGAGUGGUCCCGGCCGGUAACUAGAGGAGCGCUCGUUCGCCCACCAUGGCGUCCGUGGGGACCCUCGCCUUCGAUGAGUAUGGGCGCCCCUUUCUCAUUAUCAAGGACCAAGAUCGCAAGUCCCGUCUCAUGGGGCUUGAGGCCCUCAAGUCUCACAUCAUGGCUGCCAAAGCUGUAGCAAACACAAUGCGGACGUCACUGGGACCAAACGGGCUGGACAAGAUGAUGGUUGAUAAGGAUGGCGAUGUGACUGUAACAAACGAUGGUGCCACCAUUCUAAGCAUGAUGGAUGUCGAUCAUCAGAUUGCCAAGCUGAUGGUUGAACUGUCCAAAUCCCAGGAUGAUGAAAUUGGAGAUGGGACCACGGGAGUGGUUGUCCUGGCUGGGGCCUUGUUGGAAGAAGCUGAGCAGCUGCUGGACCGAGGCAUCCACCCAAUCAGAAUUGCGGAUGGCUACGAGCAGGCUGCCCGAAUUGCGAUACAGCACCUGGACAAGAUCAGCGAUAAAGUGCUUGUCGACAUAAACAACCCGGAACCUCUGAUUCAGACUGCAAAAACCACGCUGGGCUCCAAAGUGAUUAACAGCUGUCACCGGCAGAUGGCUGAGAUUGCUGUGAAUGCCGUCCUCACAGUGGCGGAUAUGGAGCGGAGAGAUGUUGACUUUGAGCUUAUCAAAGUGGAAGGCAAAGUAGGUGGACGGCUGGAGGACACCAAGCUCAUAAAGGGUGUGAUCGUCGACAAGGACUUCAGCCACCCUCAGAUGCCAAAAAAAGUGGUAGAUGCUAAGAUUGCGAUCCUUACGUGUCCAUUUGAGCCUCCUAAACCUAAGACGAAGCACAAGCUGGAUGUCACAUCUGUGGAGGACUACAAAGCCCUGCAGAAGUAUGAAAAGGAGAAGUUUGAAGAGAUGAUUAAGCAGAUUAAGGAGACGGGUGCUAACCUAGCUAUUUGCCAGUGGGGCUUUGAUGAUGAAGCCAAUCACUUACUUCUUCAGAACGGCCUGCCUGCAGUUCGCUGGGUAGGGGGACCUGAGAUUGAGCUGAUCGCCAUUGCAACAGGAGGACGGAUUGUCCCACGGUUCUCAGAGCUCACCUCUGAGAAGCUGGGCUUUGCUGGUGUGGUGCGGGAGAUCUCGUUUGGCANUACAAAAGACAAAAUGCUGGUUAUUGAGAAGUGUAAGAACUCUAGAGCUGUGACCAUUUUCAUCAGAGGAGGAAACAAGAUGAUCAUAGAAGAAGCAAAACGAUCCCUCCAUGAUGCCCUGUGUGUCAUCCGGAACCUCAUCCGUGACAACCGUGUUGUGUAUGGAGGAGGGGCAGCCGAAAUAUCCUGCGCCCUGGCAGUCAGCCAAGAGGCAGACAAGGUAACGGACAGAGUGGCAGUGAGAACUGCUGUCUAA